GGAAAGGCUCGUGACUCGGGAUGCCGCUCAGACCCCGGAGAUCUGUGUCGCGCUGCAUCUGCACGACAAUGCCGUCCAUCGGCUCUCCGCAUAUCCGGACCUACGAAGAAGACGGAAUAUAAAGACAACAGCCUGGCGCGCAUCUAGUGCUAGAAUCUUUUAGCAGGCUCGCGUGAUUGACCUGCGUCUUCUCUAUUUUCUCAUCAUUCCUUUCAUUGACAUACCAGAACACUCGGUACAGUAUCAUGGCUUCGACGAAUCAUGUGUUCCAUAUUCAGGACAACAUGAAAACGCCGGCAAAGCAUCAUGAGAGCUUUCAGAUGCUAUGGGAGACCAAGUGGAAGAAGCCGGCCGAGAUGGGCGUAUAUCCAUUCAUGUUCGGUGCCGCGCGGGACUUUGAACCAAUCGUGGAAGAGAUGACAAAGAAAGGCAUGAAAGAGCCUUACGACUGGGAUGCAUAUGCGACCGUAUUUAUCCCGUAUGCCGAAGCUCUCACGAAGAUUGGCGAGCGGGCUGAAGCCAACAACGAGAAGUCGAAAGCCGCUGAGUUCUACCACCGUGCCUCUGCUAUCUACCGCAUCGCCCGGUUUCCGGUCAUACGCAGCCCGGUUCAGCAGCGCUGCUGGAGCGCCGGCAAAGCCGUCUUUCUACGGGCGCAAGCACUGCUACCGUACCCUGUUACUGAGACGCAAGUUCCGCACACGCAUCGCCUUCCACACGAAGGCACACAUAUUCCGGUGUACACACUCUGCCCUGAUGCUCGACCUGCGCCGGUCAUGGUGAUAGUUACCGGUCUCGACGGCUACCGGACUGAGCUAGCCGUGUGGGCUGAGGGAUGGCGUGCAUUGGGAGUAGCAACUGUCAUUCUUGAGAUCCCAGGUACAGGCGACUGUCCAGCGGACGGGAGCGAUGUACGGAGCUCCGACCGGCUCUUCAGUAGUCUUUUGGAUUGGAUCGAUCUGCAGGACAGUCUCGAUAGCAAGAAGGUGUGUGUAUGGGGCUUCAGCACAGGGGGAUAUCAUACAAUCAGGCUGGCCCAUACACACGCUGCGCGGCUCGCAGGUGUAAUCGCGCUUGGUGGGGGCUGUCAUUUCAUGUUUGAGCGCGCGUGGCUGGAUGAAGUCGAUCACCUUGAGUACCCGUUCGAUCUGGCUGGAUCGUUGGCUUGGAAGUUUGGCUAUGGCGCAGAAGUGGAGAAGUUUAAGGCUGAGGGAAGCAGAUUCUCCCUGCUGAGUGAUGGAACGUUGGAUGGGCCUGAGUGCGCGAGGCUGUUGUUGGUGAAUGGUACUGAAGAUGAGAUUUUCCCCAUUGACGAUUACUACCUCGCUUUGAUGCACGGUAGGCCAAAGGAGGUGAGGUUUGUAGAGGGGAUCAAGCAUAUGGGCGAGCCCGCAAGCUUCGGCAUAAUUUUGAAGUGGCUGUAUGGAGUUCUGGAGAUUAAGGCCAAUCCCAUGGAGCAAUUGAAAAAACUACCUUUCAAGCUCAGGUAUCCGACGGGAGAGGAAGCAGAGGUGGGCUCGAACGGUCAUUAAUAGAUAGGUGGCGGAAUCUAUUGAGUCA